AAUUACUAUAAAAAUAAAAAUGGAAUUGACGCUGUAGAGUAGAGAAGACAAAAACCAAGGCUAGAUCUCUGUAAAACUGAAGGCGACGAACGAAACUGAGUGCUGGUGGUGGAGGUGUUUCUUCUUCUUCUUGAAUCUUGAUCAUCAUUAUCAUCAUCAUCAUCAUCUUCAGCUGCAAAGUCAACUGAGAUCUGCACAAGAUGAUGUCUGGCAACUACACCCCGAUCGAUAAGCAGAAAGUCUCCGGAUCUGUACCUGCAGUCUCAGAUUCACCAGGUCAAGUCGCCGUCAAAUUCUCAGAUUCUAAUCUCCAGACAUUUCCGCCUUCCGUAGCGCAGGGGAAGAUCUCCGGUGGCUCUGGACCUCCUCGCGAUGCCGACGAUUCCUUCUCAAAACCGGUAGCUGGUUCUGGUGAAGCACAGUCAAGUGGUUGGUUUCAAGCAUUCACAAUUGCUUAUUACAGGCAGUACUUUGAAGUUGACACAGCGGACAUCUUGGAGAGGAUCAAGGAUUCAAUCAUUCCAUUUAGAGGAAGCUUUUCUGAGAAAACUGCUAACAACCCAGAUUUGUAUGGACCAUUCUGGAUCUGCACCACCUUAAUAUUUGUAGCAGCUGCAAUCGGCACAUUUGUUACCUAUGUGGCACAGAAGAUACAGAAAAAAGAAGACUGGCACUAUGACAUAAAUUUGGUGACUUGGUCUGCUGGUUUGUUCUAUGGUUAUGUCACUAUUGUUCCUCUUUGCUUGUAUCUAAUCCUCAAAUACUUCUCUGCUCCUUCUGGCCUUGUUCAGCUGUUCUGCCUCUAUGGGUACUCCCUGUUUGUCUUCAUUCCCGCUUUGUGUUGUACGCUCAACAAUUGGGCAAAGAUAUAUGUGUCCACCAUGUCACGUUGGAGAUGCACUCAACAAUGUCUAUCUAUUGUUCCCUUAGAACUAUUCAGAUGGAUAGUUGCUGGCAUAGCGGGGUUCAUGUCAGCAUCUUUUGUGGCACUGAAUCUUCGAAAUCACAUCGUGUCAGCGGGUGAAAGGUGGUUCUUGAUUGUGACUGGGAUCUUUCUGUUGCAGUUGGCUCUAGCGGUUGUACUAAAGCUUUACUUGUUCACUGUCACAGUAUGAUUCAUAAUGUUAAUGUAGUAUCAUCACUCAACACUGUUAUAGUUCAUACAAACGGUUUUUUGGGCCCAUGAUUUUUCAGUCAUUGAAAUUUGCAUAGAUGUAUUGUUCCUCAUAUAAAAUGCAUUGAAUUCAUACAUUUUUGGGAAUAUAAACCGGAUGGACAAAAUCAUCCUUUGUA